AUGCAGCCGCCCAGCCCUUUUUGCUUCGGUUCGUCGGCAGCGACGCGCCAGUCCUGGCGCAGCCGCCCCGCCGUGCGGACCACGGCCUUGCAGCCCGACGACGUGACCGCGGCCGAGAUGGAGGCCUUCAUGCACCUCCUCGAGUCGAGGUUCGACCGGCCGCCCGACGACGGCGACAUCGCCCACGACUUCACGCCGUGGCUGGCGGCGCGCCGCGAGUCGUUGCGGGCCGCCGCCGAUGCAGGCCGUUCGGCGUUCAGACGGCUGCGCGAGGCGGACGCAGAGGCACACGGCGAGGCGCCGCACGCGCCGCAUCUCGUCGCGGACGCCAAGUUCGCUUUCGAGGUGGCGCUGCACGAGCAGCAGCCGGCAGGCGCUCUCCAUGAGACCUACCGCCGCCUAGCGGCGGCUCUCGCGCACUCGCGGCGCACUCGCGCGGGGCUCGCGCUCCGCCACCUGGCCCUUUGCCCUGCGUGCAGCGACGCCCUCUGCUUCCCGGCGCAGCACCUCCCGGCCGUGGCGAGCUACACGCUGCCGCCCGUGGUGCAGCGCGCCGGCUGCAGCGACUGCGACUACUUGGCGGUGCGGCGCAUGCUCGCCGCCCGCACGUCGUCGUACAACGAGUGCACCGCGAAGGACACGGCGGAGUGGCUCCGCGGGCUCGAGCAGGCUGACGCCGUGAAGCACGCGUGGGGCGUCGUUGUCGUCGACGAAGUGAACCGCCCGCCCCACGCGGCGACGCGGCGCGCCAUCAUGGAGGGCAGGUUCGACCACGACUCCUUUUGCCGCGUUCCUGCGGGCGACGCCCGGCGUGGCCGUGCCCUACUGUGGGGCGCAUGGGCCGCCGCGGUCCGCGGCGGACGAUGCGCCAAUGCCGGACGCGCCGCCGGACGCGCCGAUGCCGGGCGCGCCGACGACGGACGCGCCGAUGAUGGACGCGCCGAUCCCGGGCGCGCCGAUCCCGGGCGCGCCGAUCCCGGGCGCAGAGGCCGAGGCUCAGCAUCGCGGCCAGCACAGCAUUGA